AUGAUAAAAGACAUCCUGAAUUAUGACGUCAAGUACGUGAGGCUACCAUACGGUUCAUACCCAAAAGACGCCAUCAAGUUUGCCGAGCAACUGGGGUUCGUCAUUACUGAACAUUCUCUGGAUUCAAAGGAUUUUCUGGGUAGCAGUGAUGCAAUGGUUCACUCGUACCAAAAUGCUCUUUCUCCGACAAGCAACUUCAUUGCUGUGCAUAGGGAUCAUGCCAAGGUCACUGCAUUGUAUCUUCCAAACAUCAUUUUGCUUAUCAAGAAGCAAAGGCUUCGUCCCUUUCUACUUUCCCAGUGCAUUUGA